UUGGAACAUUAGUCAGAUUCACGUCGUCCUGGCGAUGUCAAUGUCCUCAGCCUCUUCUGCUUGAACACACACACUGAUGCACUGCGAUGUGUUGUGUGGAUUAAUCUGGCUUCUCUCGCAGACUGAGGUUGAGAGUCCAUCGCAUCAGAUCAAAACAAGGGCUGAGGACCGAGAGAGAGCGCAUUGUGUUGUUUUGAAGGGAGCAGCCCAUCCUUCGCUCUCACUCACUCUCUGACAGGAAUCCAUCCAGCCCAGCACGAGUUUUAUUUGAAGUAUUCCCUAUUUAAGAAGAAUGGGACCUUUUCAGACAUACGAGGUAAAGGAAAAGGGAAGCAUGCGUAGCCGUAUCCCUCGAUUUGUCCUCCACCCUUUACGUACUAAAGCAAAGGAGUCAUCAGCAUCCAACAUGCCAUUGUCAGAAGAGGAGAGCAAGGAUUUUGACAUUAGCUCGCAGCACUCAAAAAGAACCAUCAGUCCCAACAGCCUGUCCUCAGAUGAUACUGGAUGCCCAAGCAGUCAAUGUGCAUCGCCAACCAAGACCCCCUCAGGCUCUGACAACAGCCCACUGAGUUCACCCGCUCUGGGAGAGCGCAAGGUCAAGGUGAAGAGAGUUCGGAUGAACGUAGUGGCCGAGUGGAGCACACCCACACAGAAGCACAAGCGAGAGAAGCAACAAUGUUCACCAAUCAUGAAUAAAGGCAGCGAGACAGAUUUCAGCAUAUCUAGCAGCACUGGAAGCUACAAGACACAUGAAACUCUGCCCAGCAACUCUGCAGGGAAGAAAUCAUCUUCUCGCAGCAGUGGGCCCCACAUCAGAAGCCUGCCAGUGUUCAAACCUGCAGGAAGUCCUACUGCCCCUCGCGAUGCAGAGCUUUAUGCCCCAUACAGGACGCCCCCCAAAGCCCCCUCCACUACCAACAGCAUUAGCAUCUCCAGCUCUACCAGAAGAAGAACCACUCCUGUACGCUACCAUUCCUGCGGAGACAAUCAUGGCAUCAAGCCUCCCAAUCCAGAGCAGUACCUCACCCCUCUACAGCAGAAAGAGGUAGCCAUACGACACCUCAAGACAAAACUCAGAGACUCGCAGACCACAGUUUGUGACCGGGAGGCUGAGAAUGAGGAGCUGAAGUCCCAAUUGGGGCGUAUGCGGGAGGACUGGAUAGAGGAGGAAUGUCACCGUGUGGAAGCUCAGCUAGCUCUCAAAGAAGCACGCAAAGAGAUCAAGCAGCUGCGUCAAGUGGUGGAAACCAUGAAGAACAGCCUCAUGGAGAAGGACAAGGGCAUCCAGAAGUAUUUCAUUGACAUAAACAUCCAAAACCGAAAGCUGGAGUCCUUGCUCCACAGCAUGGAGUUGGCACAGAAUGGCUGCAACUUACAAGAUGAGCCCACGCUGGACUUUAUCUUUGAGUCUCCAGAAAGAUCCACUGCAGUCAAGUUAGAGAUGGAGCUACAUGGUGAAGAACAAGCAGUGGAGGAGAUGGCUGAUAGUGAGCUGCUGGCCAAUGAUGAGAUGGCCAACAGAGCUGAAAUUCUCGAGAAGGUUCUCAUGUCCACUGCAGUUGAUUCCAGCCAGGAUGGUGGCACCGAGAUCAUUCCCCAACCAGGGCUGUCCACCUUGGAGCAGAAUGUCUCAGAAAAGAACCCAGAGGAGCAUAUCUCAAGCAGCCCCUUUAGUGCAGAAGAUAAAGGUGUCCAGACUGAUCAGAUGAUCUACACCACUGAUCUCCAAGCCCUCCUCUUCCAGCUGCUAAAGCUCCAAGGUGGCGGCUUCCCUGGUCUCCUUAUUUCUUCACCCCAACAAUCCCAGGAAUCACCUUCAGCACAAGUUCCCAAAAAGGUUGAGGACUUGCCUGAAGCACAAGAUGAAGUCAAAGAUGUUGGCCCCAUUUGCACCAACACUGCCCAAAACACAGUAAAUGAUUCUGGUCUGGGGUUUUCUGAGCCCAAAAUGAGUCCCCAGUUCAUGGAAGAGCUGAAUUUCGACCUGAAGAAUCCCAAGAACACCUCUAGCAUGGCAGUGGUGGGAAAAAGCCACUGGAGUAACAACUUCUUGGUCGAUCUGGUUGCUGUGGCAGCACCUGUUCUGCCCACCGUGGCAUGGCUUUACUCGCAGCACGGUUUGGUUGGAGGGGCUCCUGUGUACAACAUUGCAGCUUUAAUUCGAGGCUGUUGCAUUGUGGGAUUGCACUCACUCCGCCAUGUCUCUCACGGGCCAGACACUUAGUGGCCCUCACCCACAGUUACAGCAAGAGCACUUUAGCGUCAUCUUCAAGUAGAAAUUUUGUUUUUGUACACCUGUGAUUACAUGCAUACACUUCUUUUCCGUUUAGUUGCAACAUUCCUACCUUGCACUGUGUAUUUUUGAGGUACAAAGGAUGAAAUUAAGGGGCUGCAAAGGGACUUGUUUUGUCUUUUUUUUUUUUUUUUUUUUUUUUUUUUUUUUUUUUUUUUUUGUUGUUUAUUGCCCUUAUAUUUGUGUAUAUAUAAAUAUUUUUGCAUAAUCUGAUCAUAUGGGUGGGUGAUUCUGUUGCUUAAGUCUAGUUCUUUGCUGACUGCUAUUCCCUGCUUUUUAUAAAAGAGUCAUUUAGAGUGACAAUAGGGGUUGACUGUCAGUUGACUGUUGUUUUUGUUGUAGUUAAAAUGUCACUUGUGUUCCAACAGAACUAAAACCUUCUGCCAAAGCUUUAAUGUGUUCAGUGUUUUGUGAAACUGUAUUUCUCUCCCUGGAGUUAGAGCUUUUACAUGUUGCUCCGUAAACUAACAAUUUCCUGAAAGGCAGCACUUGCAACAGUACAGCGAACACUUGUUAUGUGCCUGAGCUAUGUGCAAUAUUUUUGUUUAUAUCAGAUGUAUAUCAUUAUAUUUAUUAUUAAAGCAUGGAAAACCCCUCAAA